GUAUAGUUGUAGUUAGAUUACCGUAGCUACCCCCACUAUUUUCAAAAUAAUGACACGGGUAGCCGACGGGCGUCAAUUUUACGUACGUGUAAUUGUUAGUUACAGUUAGCAUUCGUGUUACGGUGACACUAUGUUUAGCUUUACGUAACAGAUCGGAGAUAAGACAAUCGGCGAAAAGGUUUGUAUCGUUGAUAGACAUUUAAUCACUACUUUUUACAUGCAUACACCUGAACUACACCCUGAAUAAAUAAUGUGCAAAGAUACAAUCAGCAAUGUAGCACUCUGUAUAGUAAUCGCGCUUUCAGUAACCAGUUGACAACAUUCGGAUUCAUUCGUAUUAUAGUGCACAAACGACUACCUCCUAACACUUUUUAGACAAUGUUUUCAAAUGUUAAGAAUUACUUUUAUGCAGACGCGAACGAAAAUCUUAAUGUACGCCAAAUAUUUAAACCUAUCUACUUUAUGUUAUCGUUUUUUGGUCUCUUCCCCUAUAGCAUUAAGUUCAAUAAUAACAAACGUGGUUUAACUAUAAUCAAGAAGUCGAUUUACAUAAAUUCCUUAUGUUCAGUCUCGUACAUACUUCUUCUGUUCACGUUCGGCGCGCUGCACAUGCGGUACGUGCUGGACUCUUUCGGAGACACGGAGAUGACAAGAGAGCUACUGACUCAACUGAACUAUAACGUGGAAAUGGCUACCUUCUUACUAUUCUGCGCAGCUGCAUACUUCUGUGCGUUUAAAAACAGAAACACGUACGUGAAAAUAAUUAACAAAAUAGCUAACAACACCGAUACUACAAGUAUGGAAGGUAACUUGAAGAGGCUCCGUUUUCAAACGAACAUGGCCUUAGUCUACCUGAUGCUGGUAACGUUACUCCAGAUAGCUGUGAACUGGACACGGGACGAUUCAACAUGGAAGGCGUUACUAGUACAUAUGACGUUCCUACUGCCGCAAAUGAUACAGUUCACGGUGUUAGCGUUUUACUACGUUCUCAUCUUAAUGCUGGUCGUGUUACUCAAGAAUAUUAGGUUUCAUAUAGAGAACCUAUCGAUGGCGAAGACAAUAGUGAUGGAUCAUUACGCGAAGUCCGAGGACAAAGUUUUGACACUCCAGUACGUGGAGUCUUUAUACGAAAUAGCUUUUGAAAUUAAGAAAGAUAUUAAUGAUGCGUUCCAAAUGCCGUUUUUGUUUACCACUGUGCAAUGUUUCCACACGAUGGUAAGCGAGUCUCACAUUAUAUACCACGGCUUAGUUGUCCAGAAGGACUUUUCGCAGCACAACAUUGUAAACUGUUCAGUUUGGGUCGUUUAUCAAAUUUUCAAAUUGUAUAUCAUGUCCAGGUCAGGGCAUUUGUUGAAACACGAGGUUAGUAAAAUAGGACAAGCAUUACAUAGUAUACCCACAGCGAAACACGAUAUACGCUUGUUAUUGGAGAUACAGCAUUUUUCAUCGUUAAUUUUAUUCCACGGUGAUAGUAUAACUGCGUAUGGACUAUUUACAUUGGAUGCCGCACUUCUAUCAAGGAUUGUUGCCGCGUCAGCUAUGUACUUAACCAUUGUGGUGCAGUUCGACAAGAAAUGAAGUUUCAAUUCAAUAAUGAACAGAGUUGCAACUAGUCAAGUAAUGAAGAAGUUACCCAAUAUUUACCCAUAUUCAGUACCUAAUGAACAGAGUACCAACGGAUUUAAGUUGAAACUUCUUUCCGUCACAUUUUUUUA